GGUCUGUCACAUUUCACGCUGACACCAGGCGAACAGUAGAGCUCACACACAUCCACACACACACGCGCACACACGCAGGAUCGCUGUUAUCGACGUAAUCUAACCAGGAAAGCGCUCCGAAGUUCACGUACGUGUGUGUCCGCACCGCGUGAGAGGAAAGGAGGAAAAGAAAGAGCUGAAAAGAGGAAACUGAGGAAAUCCCCCGAAAGGAAAUGCCAAUCGCAGCCACUGGACAGCCCACGACUCAGGAGCCCCGAGUUUGCCCCCGGCUGCCCUCCACCCCGGAGCCCGGUCCUAAAGGGGCUGAUUUAUUCGACGAGGCAGGGGCGGCCGAGUCGGCCGAGCGGACAGAGUACGGGGGCGCAGAGGGGGGCAGAGGACUCGGGGGUUAUAGUUACAGCCUCAGCGGCGCUAGGGGCUUUACCCAGCCCGGAUCCACCAACACCUCCCCGCCGCAGUCCCCGGCAGCGUCCUCCUCUUUUUACUUCCAUCCACUCCACGCCAGCCAAAUGGCCAUGGAGCCCCCCAGGACUCGAUCACGCUCUCGUUCUGGAUAUUUCCAGCAGUAUGGUGGGAGCAAUAGUAAUGGAUUAACAGCAAAUGGAGUCAUAGGAUCUAACAGUCAUCAUCACCACCAUCACCAGCAGCAGCAGCAGCAACUUCAUUCUCAGCAUCAGCCUGGUGGCCGCUUUCUCCUCGGAGCUCAGAAUAACCACCACCCGGAGAACCAGCAGCAAGCCCCAGGAAGUAACACUUCUCCUGGUUUUCAAAGGCUGCCCUCAGUCCCUGGAGCUCACCGCAUCCCAGCUGCAGGAGCCUCUGGCGGGUUGUACCACUGCCAUCCGGAACACGCGUACGGAGACGAGAGUGAUAAGAGUGAGGAAAGCCCCAGUCCGAAGCGCCAGAGGCUCUCCAGCCAGUCCGUGCUGGAGCAGAUAACCUCAUCAGCCCCCCCUCCAUCCACCCCUUCUCCCCCUAUCCGGCCAUGGGAGUCAGGACCUCCAAGUCGAAGGCAGCUGCACCCCCACGCACAGUAUCACCAGGAGAGAUGCCUCACUCCGGCCCGGCACAGACGGAGCCCUCCCGCGAGGCGUCAGCGAGGCCGCCUCUCCCGUCCCUCCCGAAACAUUCCACCGCAGCACCAUGUCUCCAGCCACGGGACGGCACCACGACCCUCACCCACAGAACUCCAGGAUGAGAACGUCCAUCAAAACCCUCACCCUGCCACGCACCAGGCCUACCCAAUACCCACCGCCUACGGCCAGCCCUUAAGUCACGGGGCCACCGGUCCAGAGGAGCCCCGAGCUUUCCACCCGCCGGCCUUGUCCCCGCGACUGCUGCACCCAGCUGCUCAUCACCAUCACCAGCAUCUUCCUCCUCCUCCUCCUCAUCAUCACCAACAACAACAGCAGCAGCAGCAACAUCAUCAGGCAACGGCACAGCAGCAGGGAGCCAUUGUUAUGGACCUGCACGAUCAGCUCCAGCAGACCACUGUGCCAGUCUCCUACCCUCAUGGCCUCACAGCACCCUUGUGUAGCAGUCAGCACCUCCCCCCAAACUGCUCGUCCCAGCACGUACCCCCCUGCAGUGUGGUGUUCAGCACAGGACAACACUACCACCCGAUGCUCCAAGCAUGUUCCAUGCAGCACUUGCCGGUGCCGUACGCCUUCCCCUCUUUGUUGUCCAGUGAGCCCCAGUUCCUCCUGCCCCCUCCCCCUCACAUCGCUCAUCAUCCACCCCACCUCCCCGCACACGGACAGUUCCUUCCCUUCCAGACGCAACAGCCCAGAUCGCCGUUACAGAGGAUAGAGAACGAGGUGGAGCUUCUCGGGGAGCAGCUCUCGGUGGGCGGAGGCUUUGGCUACAGCCACCACCAUCAACAUCACCAGCCUCCGUCCACGCUGCCGCCUUCAAAUCCACUCCAGUUCCUGUCCCACCACGACCCGCUGUCUCAGGAGCUCUUCACCGUGCCGUACCCACACUUCAUGCCUCGGCGGUUCACCAGCCGGCGCUACAGAUCCCAACAGGCUGUGCCCCCCUCGCCGUAUCACCCCAGCUUCCUGCCUUACUUCCUCAGGUCCAUGCUCCCCGUCCCGAAUGUGACCCCAACCAUCAGCCUGGAGCUGGAUGUGGACGAUGGGGAAGUGGAGAACUAUGAGGCUCUUCUGAACUUGGCCGAGCGCCUGGGAGAAGCCAAGCCUCGCGGCCUCACCAAAGCAGACAUAGAGCAGCUCCCGUCGUACAGGUUCAACCCCAACAACCACCAGUCAGAGCAGACCAUGUGUGUAGUGUGCAUGUGUGACUUCGAGUCUCGCCAGCUCCUCCGAGUGUUGCCCUGCAGUCACGAGUUCCACGCCAAGUGUGUCGACAAGUGGCUGAAGUCCAACCGCACGUGUCCCAUCUGUCGAGCCGAUGCUUCCGAGGUCCAGCGGGAUUCCGAGUGACUGGCGGCCGCCUCUCCCCUCCUGCCACCUUCGUGGACGCACCAACCAAACGCAGAACCUCUCUCAGUCUGGCGCACACCGACACACCAUCGGGACCAGGACUUUUUCUUUUUCAGUGCCGCUCUCACAGGGCUGGACAGAGCCGGGACCUUUUGUUACUCCUUAUAUACAGACGACCUUGGGGUCGCUUCUGGGGCACUUUUACACGCAACACGUUUUCUUCAUAUCCUCGACAAUUGUAAGCAGCGAAGCGAACUUGCAUGUUUCAUCGUCAUCUCCGCACUCGAUCUACUUUAGUCUGACUCGCCCUAUCAACACAAGUCAAUCUGAUACAACAACAAAUCCUUAGUGUCGUCACUUCAAUCCUUUCUGUUUCACUGGUUUGGUUUUGGUCAUAAUUGAAUGAGUCGUAUGUCUGACUUAGUGUUUAUAGUUCGCCGUCAUGUGUGAGUCUUUACAGCUCUUAGGAGCGACUCCCGUUUGAGUCGGUGCCAAAUUUUCUUGCUACUUUUACCUGAUUAAUGAAAAUGAAUGUGCAGGGAUGAAACCGGAGCUUCACUUGUGCGUUCCUCCUUCAGCAGCCUCCAGAGAGUCUGCGAGCCCUUUCACACCAACACGGUUUUAGUUCCGAACCAGUUCUUUUCUCUGUCUGAACUCGCCGGUUUGUUCAAAAUUCCGUUCUGGAACCGGAGAGGAACGGCUCACUGCGAGGUCGGCGGAUCACUUCACUACCACGGAAGUCAGCUGCAAUGUCUUACAUGAAAAAAUGCCUUGUCAUUCCUCCCUAAUAAUCAUGGUUUUCUGAAAUAUCUUCGUCAGGAUAAUCAUCUGUUUGAAAUUGAUUUGGGUAAAAUCACCCAUUUAGAGGGAAGUUAUGUUUUUCGUUGGGCAGUUUUCUGUUGCUUGGUACACUAGCAAUUACCUCAGUCCCACUAUUUAUAUUUUAUCUCCUUUUAAAAAGUUACCUUGUUCAUCCUGCUUUUAUUUUCAGUGCGAUGUAAUAUAUCUGUAACCAAAAUGAUCUGAAGGCUUGUGAUGAUGGAGUUUUUAAAAGACAUUUGUACAUUUUGUAUGAGAGUUAUUACUAGUGAAACUUUUAUUAAGUAGUGCAAUGUUUUUUUUUAAAUCCCUUAUCCUGUCUUUUGGAUUACAAGAGCUGGUUCGAUAAUAAAUGUAUAAAGUCUUCAGAAGUGAGUCUUUUUUUUUUUUUUUUCUCAAGUGUUUAAGCGUUUAAACAUGUUUAUCUUUGAAGGCAGUGAAGCUCUGUUAGUGACGUGUCGGUGAGGCUUCAUGAUACAGUGUCGGCGUUUUCUAAGCCUACUAGAUGGCUCCCUGUUCUGUCGAGCUUCAAGACUCUGAAACGUCAUCAAAUCCAUUUGUAUUCAACUAUUGCUCACUAUAUUUAUGAUCUGGUAAAAUAGUACGUCAUGUUUCAUGAAUGUUCAGUGGUAAAGAGAUCAAAGUUUCAUAUGAUACUACAAAGAAAAUACAAAGCUCAAAAACACCAAUGAAUCUCACAUAUGCCUAUAUAUUUGUGACUCUCAAAAAAUAUUCUGGC